CACACACACACUACUGCAGACAACCCGCAGCAGCAGUCUGGUGCUUGUGUUCGCUCAGUCUGCCAAUCAGACUCAGACGGAGCGGAGGUAAAUAAAUAUGGCGGAAAUUUACAGCGCAUAAUAAUCCGCAAAUAAUACAUGUAGAGGAAUAACGGGAAGCAUGGCGGCGCGAGGAAAGCAGGAUGUGAGCGUCGUGCAACGUUUUUUUUAAUGUUGUUGUGAAAGGGCUGGAGCUUUGCGCAGAAUAAUGAACGAGCCUUUCUUCUGUAUUAAUAAUAAUAAUCACUGGAUUGACUGGAUAAUAGCCUACUUCUGUAAUAGUCACUGAUAGAAAAAAAGCCUUGCUAAAUGUAAUAUGGAGACAAAAGCAUCUAGGACGUUGAUGGGAGCAAAGUAGUUUAUAUUCCACCUUAAAACGACGUCAGAAGAACAUGGGCUAUAAGAUCCCAGGCGCUGCAAUGGAUCGUGUGAGCCUGCUUUGGCGGCUGCGGCGUCGAGCCCGCCGAGGAGCUUUGUGCAUGGCACUGUUUUGCAUGACCAUGGCUGUGUUGUAUACACUGUGUGCUGAAAACAGUGUACCAGUAACUGAUGCCAUCUUUGGAGUGAGGGCACGGACUCGAGCACAGCCCAGAGCCCACUCCAUUGUAAAGGUACUGCGAGGAGCAGGAGCUAAACCUAUGUACGUGGACCCCCAAAAACUCCCAGGCGUCAUCCCAGGAGACCCUCAGAAGCCCAUCCCUGUCCUGUCUUCCUCCACGCACUCUCUCGAGAGCAGUCACAAGGAGCACAGCUUCAGGAGCAGAGACAGGGAGCCACACGGCCUGCUCUCCUGGCUCGUAGGCAGACCCCUAAGAAGAGCCCUUGAGACCAUCCUUGGGGGCAGAAGAAAAUCAGACUCUCUCCAAAAAGGGGAUGCAGAGCUGUUUGGAACGCAUGGAGCUCUAGGGGAGAUAUGGGAUGAUGAAAUGUCCAGUACUAUGCUCGGGAAAAGGCUGAAGAAGGUGGUACAAAACUAUCAGGCAAUGAACAAAUACGGAGUGAAGUUCUCUGGUUCAGAAGGUGCAACAAGACGGCGCAAACUUAGUGGCCCGGAGCUCCUCUGCCAACUCAAAGACAUGGUGCACAUUACUACAUUAACACCAGAUAUGGAGCCAUUUGCUGGAUUUCCCUGGGCCUCCCAACUGCCUCCCCAACCCCUGAGCUCUGAUCUCGGUCCAUUUAAAACAUGCGCAGUUGUGUCAUCUGCAGGCUCUCUGCGAAAUUCCGGAUUAGGGAAAGAAAUAGAUUCCCAUGAUGCAGUGGUAAGAUUCAAUGCUGCACCCACUGCAGGCUUUGAGAAAGAUGUGGGCUCUAAAACUACAGUGCGCCUGAUCAACUCACAGGUGAUGGCUUCUGAAGAUCAUCAUUUCCUCUCAAGUUCUUUAUACAGUAUUGGGACUUUAGUAGCCUGGGAUCCUGCACCGUACUCGUCAGAUCUUAACGAGUGGUACAACAAGACAGAUUACCCAAUAUUUAAACAAUAUCAGCGCUACCGACGGCUACACCCCCAGCAGCCUUUUUAUAUCCUACAUCCCAGUGUAGAGUGGCAGCUGUGGAAGCGGAUACAAGACAACAUGGCUGAGCCUAUCCAGAAGAACCCACCAUCUUCAGGCCUGUUAGGCACAGUACUGAUGAUGUCACUAUGUGAUGUGGUCCAUGUGUACGAAUUCCUGCCGUCCCGACGCAAAACCGAGCUCUGCCACUACUACCAGCGCUUCAGCGACGCAGCCUGCACCCUGGGUGCCUACCACCCGUUGCUCUACGAGAAGAACCUGGUGAAGAGGAUGAACCAGGGUUCAGACCGAGACAUCUACACACACGGCAGAGUCACGCUGCCUGGAUUCAGCACCUAUAACUGCACCGCAUCCAUACUUUCAAAGCCCUAGAACUGAGGACCACAUUUACUGAACCUAGCAUCCAGAAUGUACCUGUAUUAUUAAUGCAUGAUUCAUUGUAUAAUCACAACAGCUCAUUCCGAACAAGUGGACCUACACCUUCUCUCAAAACGUCGACCGAACGCGUGUAGAUCUUAAGUAUUUUAAUCAUUAGCGAGCUGUUCAUAAAAUUCCAAGAAGAAGAACAAACCUGAUGACCAUCAUUUGUUUACCUGCUCCAGUCCACAAAAGUGUAACCUUAUCUAAUCUUCUCCUUGACCAAGUAAGUGCUAAUCAGCCCUAACACACUGACACCCACUCCUCUACUUCUUAGAGUUAUACAAGUAUUUGAAUAAGUACAUUAUGAUAAAUGUAAGCAGUGCAGUGUUUAUGGCUGCAGUAGAAAUCCUUUUAAUGCAAGUGCCAAUUCUUUAAUUUUUUGAAAAGCUUUUAAACUGCUUUUACUAAGUAGUAGUAUGGGUGAACCUAACUAUUUUAAAGUGUUUUAAAUCUGUCUCUAUAUAUUUAGCAACCAACAAACAGACCCGACAAUCACACACACACACAGUUCACAACAGCUAAAAAUCUGUACACCGCCUACAGUUUUACAGAAUUACAAAUGCAAAGCACUGAAAAUGAAUAUACUUAAGCCUCACUGCCACUCCCUAGAACAACCUGACUCUAAUCUGACUUUAAACAUAAAAGAUUUGAUUUUUUUAUUAUUAUUUAUUUACAAUUAUUUAUUUUGCAUAAAGAUAUUGUAAGUAAUAUGGCAUAAACAAAUACACACACAGACACACACACACAUCAACACAUACACAGCUACAGUAUGAUGUCUCUUUAAAGGGAAAUUCCACUGAAAUCCUGCAGGUUUUUGUUCAUCAAUAUACACAGAAAUAUGAUCUAUUAAACGUAGCAAAACUCAAGGUUGAUGAUACAGAACAUAACAAAACACAAACUUACCUAAUCUAGAACAUAAAACCAGACACGGACUGUUCUGUCAUGCAAGACACUGUUACACCCACACGUCGCUGCCGCAAGGUUUUCUGUUUUGAGUCAGCUUUAAUGCAAAUCUUUACAAUCUACUGCUAUACAGUGUGGUGUUUAGCUCUUGGAUGUUUAGGCUAAACUUAGGAACACAAGUUUUAAUUUUUCUUAUUCUUCCACUUCUUAAAUUAUUUUGUUACCCUGCAAAAACAGGUCAUGCAAACCAAAUCAUGAGUCAAUAGUUAGUGGUCCCUCCCACUGCUUAGGCAAGCAAACUGCCUGUUUGUCUGGUUGGUGAUACUAUAGCAUGAAGUCAUGAAGCAUCUGUAUCACCAAUUUGGCUUUGCUUGUCUUUCCUUUUAUUUUAGUAGACAGCUCUGGGAAAAAAUAAGAGACCACUUCAGUUUCUCUAAUUUUGCUAUUUAUAGUUAUAUUUAUGAGUAAAAUAAACAUUGUUGUUUCAUUUUAUAAACUACAGACAACAUUCAAAUAAAAAUAUUGUCCUUUAGAGCAUUUAUUUGCAGAAAAUGAGAAAUGGUUGAAAUAAAAAAAAAAGACAGAGCUUUCAGACCUCAAAUAAUGCAAAAAAAAACCAAGUUCAUAUUCUUAAUGUUUUAAGAGUUCAGAAAUCAAUAUUUGGUGGAAUAACCCUGGUUUUUAAUCACAGUUUUCAUGCAGCUUGGCAUGUUCUCCUCCACCAGUCUUUCACACUGCUUUUGGAUAACUUUAUGCCACUCCUGAUGCAAAAAUUCAAGCAGUUCAUUUUGGUUUGAUGGCUUGUGAUCAUCCAUCUUCCUCUUGAUUAUAUUCCAGAGGUUUUCAAAGAAAGUCAAAGAAACUCUUAAUUUUUGAGAGGUCUCUUAUUUGUUCCAGAGCUGGGUAUAUAUAUAUCAGUAGAUCAGUAGAUGCUGAAGUCCAUAAUGCUCAGAGUUCUCUCACCUUCCACAGAGUCAAACUGUAAAAAACUUCAUGUAGCUUCAGAUUAGCUCAAGAACAGUAGUGUAGACUAACAGAGUGUAAAAAGCUUUAUAGAAUAGGUUUUCAUGGCUGAGAAGCUCAAUUUAAGCCUUGCAGUGCAGACAAGGUGAUACAAGGUUUCACAGUACAGUGUAUAUUUAUAUAGUUAUUUCUAUGCAGAGCACUAGAAAAAAAUAUUAAUUUAUUCUAUCAGUGUUGUUAUUAACAGUUCAUUUUAUAGCUAUAGACUCUCUUACAUGUGUCCUUUGCUGCUGUCUUGGUUUUAAAUAAGGAUUGAUCACUCCUUUUCAUGUUUCCCUGUGGUCUGUGCAGCAUUUCACAGUGGAAUUAUGUCAUAUUAGAAGGGGUAGAUUUUUACAUAUGCAUUAUAUACAAACUCAACAUCAUUUGUUUUGCAUUUGACUAUUAACUGGCUAACUGACUAUAUAAAGUGACUAAAAAGGGAGUAAUGUUCCUCAUAUUAUAAAAACAUUGUUAAAUUUCACAACUUUUUUUCUCUUUCCUUGCUCUUUUACUAGAAGCACUUGCUUGAUUAUAUCUCUGACAAUCUCAUUAGAGCAGGCAUUGAGAUGUUAAAAAAAUUAGAUGAAAAACGGCAAUAUACAUAAAAAUAUAUGUUAAAACCCCCAUUAGAGACAUUUCAUUCUAACCAUCAGCACAUUAGGAGACCCAUUUUGUAUAUUUUUGGUGGAAUUACCCUUUAACAGGCCACAAAUCAAGGCGAGGUUGUAUUGUAUAUAUGCAUUUGCUCAUUACACUGUGAGGAACUCGCAGGCUUUAUACCAACAAGCGCUGGACACCCAGUGCUGGGACUGUUCAACCCUAUUCUUUAGAGAAUGUUCUUGCAUGCGUAGCUAAAAUUGCACUUUGCCAUACCUUUGAUACAGUUCUGUUCAUUGUGUUGUUCUUCUUAUACAAGUUCAGUGAAAGUGCAUGGAUGUUGUUUCACUGCCUUCGAGAUGCCCUGUGCUCGUCCAUAAUGUUAUACUAAGCCUGAUUACUGCUACUUAUCAUUACUUUUAACUCACGAGGGUUAUCAAAUCCAUGACUGUGUCCACUUAACCACCAUUAACUACAUCCUCAUUAACUUACUUCAGCAAUUUUAGAAUAGUCUAGUGUCUAAUCUAUAAAACAUGCAAAUUGUUAUGUUUAGUUUUUCGUUCCUAAUUUAUGCUAGAAAAUUAACUUGACUUAAAUUUGGACUAUGCACAUUUCAUUAGCAUUUAUAAAAAUGAAACCACUAUAUUUUAAUAUGAUUCAAGUAACUUUAUAUAUAAGGACAUUAUUUUCUCAGAUUUCUGUGUAGUCUGUGACUUUUUCCUGCAUGCCAAAUUAUGCCAAAUUAUUUUAAUAUUCAUUAUCUCAGCAGCCUCUGUAGACAUUCAGAUACCAAAGUUCAUAAAAAAAAUAUUUUUCUAUAGGUUUCUUUUCUGAUUUGACCGAAUUCAAAUUUGGAAGAUCCACAUAAUAAUAUAUUAAUUAAAAAACAACAGGUUUAAACUGCUGAUAGUUUAGUAGUAGAUGUAAAUGUACGCUCUUGUCUUCCACAUCACAUUUCACUUCGACUGUGUCUAGAAGAUUGCCUGGGAGCAGAUAUGACAAGAUGUUCAUUAUAAUGUGGACAUAAGGCCAGGCUUAAUUAUACACUGGUAGCAUUAUUUUCUCCUUUACUCAGGAAAGGGGCAAAAUGAAGUUUGAAGAUUGUGGCAAAACAUCUGAACUCUGGCUAAAUAUUCUAUUUUGGUCCAUCUGUAACAUUAGCUUUGAUGUAUUCUUUCUUUAAAAUAGCAGUGAUCUACUUGUGUUAAAAUGAUUAAAAAGCAAUACCAAAUGGCUAAGCAACAUGGUUCAGAUAAAUACCAGUUUUAGUGUGAUUUAAAGCCUGAAAAAUAUUAUUUAAAAAUGAUUUAUUAACCCCAGAUGCUGCGUGAAUAUGUGUGUAUAUAUGCACUGAUUUGUAUAAAGGUUUUACCAAACAUGAAAAAAGGGAGAUUUUAAUAUAUAGGAGAAAGGUGCAUGUUAUUUAAACACCUAUAAUCCAGUACAUAAAACCUUUUUCUACUAUCCAAAAAAUGAGUGUAUUAAUCUUGUAAAAAUAUCUAUCCAGUCCGUUUAAAAGUUCACACAUAAUGAUGUUAUGGGAAAGCUAGAACAUUAUCAGAAGCAUGAUCUCCUUUAAUCUGUUAAAUAACUUUAACAAUUAGUUAGAUUUUCAAACUGAAUAAGCUUGGGCAAGGCCUGUCACAAUGAUUGUCCCAGAAAUAAUUGCGAUAAUCGAUAUUAUUGUAAAUUUAAGAUUUAAUCAAGCAUUUAAUGCCAGGGAUACAUUAAAUAUGAUAACAUAAUAGCAUAAUAAUGCAAAUACAGAGUUUUAAAGGACGGUGAACAUUUAUUUAAAAAUAAUUUAGGAGGGUUGGAGUUCCACAGUUUUGCAGUGAUUGUAUCUAAAAAACACAAUGAACGCACAAUGCAGCCUAUUUGACAUAGAAUACCCAUAGUUCAUCAUGUUUCUUGUUUUGUUUGAAGAUCUGAAUGCAAAAUCAUAAGGAAGAACCAUGUUCAGUUUUAUGAACAUUAAUGCAGUGCCCUCUGCUGUCACACAGCAAUAAGCUCAGAAAAUCAGUGUCUGAGUUCAUUCACUGCCUUGUAGAAUUCUGUCCCCUAUUAUACCAUUUCAAUGUGAUCUUGUGAUCUAAAUUUUCACACAUAGGGGAUAAUAAACAUGGUAUAGUUUUGGACACAGCUUGAAAAUUCACGAUCAAUAUAAACAAAUAUGAUAUUUAAAUUAACAUAAUGAUUUCUGCAUUAGAAUUAAAAUGAUUUUGUUGUUUCUUGUUUUGUUGUAGAUAGUUAGCUUAACCUGAACAACAUUUUUUAUUUUACGCUAAAUUAGCAAGAUAAUGCUGCACAUUAUAAAAUCCAGCUAGAGUUGAGAAAAUGUUUUUCAGUGAUACUAACAGCUGUAUGAAGCUGCAUGAAUUUAUAUUCAGUUUAUAAAAGGGUAUUCUGAUUUUAAUAUUGAAUUAAAGAAAAGUAACAAUAUGCAAUAAGUGAACCAAAAUUAAAACCAUCAUUGGUUUUAAAAUUGAGUAAAGGACUUAUUUUUUGAAGGGGUCGUGAUUUUUUGGGUCAUAUUUUACCAGAGGGUGGGGUGAGUCCUGAAAAGGCAAUUUAACCUUAAACUUAUAUUUAUCUGAGCCAAUCUAACCUGUCUAGUAUGUAUGUAUUAGAGCUCGGUUUUAACAUGUAAAAUAUUGUGAGAAAAAAAAUGUGAAUCUCAGCCACAGAUUUAGAAUCUAUAUUAGACUUGUGAAUAUUUACCGCUCUGCUAAUACCAGAUCAUUGUUACUGAAUUGGUUAGAAACACUUUGUAGAUUAUGUUUACCAGGGCAGCAAUCACACUGCUACCAAGACUUGAUUAACAGAACAUUCUUUUGUUAUAUAAGUUUUAUAUCAUGGUGUCAUAUUCUCAUUACUGCCACAAUACUGCCAUUUCAUCAGUUUCACAAUCAGACUUUCACAGUCAUGAUGGCACAGGAGCACACAACACAGUCAACAUUCCAAGCUUUCUGUCCUUGUCUAGUGCAAGCUAAUAUUUCUGAACCACUUUUUGGCCAAAAAAUGUUGUUUUCUUGCCAGUAGGCACAACAGUUCACUCAUCAUUGUAUAAUAAAACCAGUACUGUGUGUGUCCAGAUAAAUAAACUAUACAGAACGGA